AUGCAGUCUGGUAAAGUGCUCAGCAGUGCACGGCUUUCUUUCCGAGGGAGUCCGCCAUUGUUGGCGAACGUAUAUUUCUAACCAGGCCAACGAAAUCGGACCGCAUCCAAGAUGGUGAACUUUACGGUAGACGAGAUCCGUACCAUGAUGGACAAAAAGAAAAAUAUUCGAAACAUGUCCGUUAUUGCACACGUCGAUCAUGGAAAAUCAACAUUGACAGACUCCCUUGUAUCUAAAGCUGGCAUCAUUGCUGGAGCCAAGGCUGGUGAAACACGAUUUACCGAUACUCGUAAAGAUGAGCAGGAACGGUGUAUCACCAUUAAAUCCACGGCUAUUUCGAUGUUCUUUGAACUUGAUGAAAAAGAUCUGGUAUUCAUUACAAAUCCAGAUCAGCGUGAUAAAGAAGAAAAGGGUUUCUUGAUUAACCUUAUCGACUCACCUGGGCACGUGGACUUUUCUAGUGAAGUAACAGCUGCUCUACGUGUCACAGAUGGAGCUCUCGUCGUAGUUGACUGCGUUUCUGGUGUUUGCGUGCAGACGGAAACUGUACUGCGUCAAGCUAUUGCCGAGCGUAUCAAGCCUGUCCUAUUCAUGAAUAAGAUGGACCGUGCAUUGUUAGAAUUGCAACUUGAUAGCGAAGAUCUGUAUCAAACUUUCCAACGUAUUGUUGAAAAUGUCAAUGUUAUCAUUGCUACAUAUUCUGAUGAUGAUGGUCCUAUGGGUGAAGUUCGCGUAGACCCAAGUAAAGGAUCUGUUGGUUUUGGCUCUGGCCUCCAUGGUUGGGCUUUUACAUUGAAGCAGUUCUCUGAAAUGUAUGCAGAAAAGUUCAAAAUAGAUGUGGUCAAAUUAAUGAACAGGUUGUGGGGAGAAUCUUUUUUCAAUCCUAAUACCAAAAAGUGGAGCAAACAGAAGGAAACUGAUAAUAAACGGUCCUUCUGUAUGUACGUCUUGGAUCCCAUCUAUAAGGUGUUCGACUGCAUUAUGAACUAUCAAAAAGAAAAAGCUGACGUUCUCCUUCAGAAAUUAGGAAUUACGUUAAAACCUGAAGACAAGGACAAAGAUGGCAAAGCACUUCUGAAGGUUGUAAUGAGAACAUGGUUACCUGCUGGAGAAGCUUUACUUCAGAUGAUAGCCAUCCAUUUACCAUCACCUGUGACAGCUCAAAAGUAUCGUAUGGAAAUGCUGUAUGAAGGACCUUUAGAUGAUGAUGCAGCUAUUGGUAUUAAGACCUGUGAUCCUGAAGGGCCUGUUAUGAUGUAUGUAUCUAAAAUGGUCCCGACCUCUGACAAAGGUCGAUUCUAUGCUUUUGGGCGAGUAUUUUCUGGAAAAGUCUCAACUGGCAUGAAAGCACGUAUUUUGGGACCUAACUUCCAGCCAGGAAAGAAAGAAGACUUGUAUGAGAAGGCUAUCCAGCGUACCAUUCUUAUGAUGGGACGGUACGUUGAAGCUAUCGAGGAUGUACCCUGUGGUAACAUUUGUGGUUUGGUUGGAGUAGAUCAGUUCUUAGUUAAAACUGGUACCAUCACGACUUAUAAAGAUGCACACAACAUGAAAGUAAUGAAGUUCUCGGUAUCACCGGUCGUACGUGUUGCUGUGGAACCCAAAAAUCCGGCAGAUUUACCCAAGCUCGUGGAAGGAUUGAAGCGUUUAGCCAAGUCUGAUCCUAUGGUCCAGUGCAUCAUCGAGGAAUCUGGAGAGCACAUUAUCGCUGGUGCUGGUGAACUUCAUCUUGAAAUUUGUUUGAAGGAUCUUGAAGAAGACCACGCGUGUAUCCCGAUCAAGAAAUCCGAUCCGGUCGUGUCGUAUAGAGAAACUGUAUCCGAGGAAUCAAAUCAGAUGUGUUUAUCUAAAUCUCCCAACAAGCACAAUCGUCUUUUCAUGAAAGCUCAGCCCAUGCCAGAUGGACUUGCUGAGGACAUUGACAAUGGUGAAGUCAAUCCAAGAGACGACUUCAAAGUCCGUGCGCGAUAUUUGAGUGAAAAGUAUGAUUAUGACGUCACAGAGGCUAGGAAAGUCUGGUGUUUCGGACCCGAUGGAACUGGACCCAAUAUACUCAUUGAUUGCACAAAAGGAGUGCAAUAUCUUAACGAAAUUAAAGAUUCCGUUGUCGCUGGAUUCGACUGGGCAACGAAAGAGGGCGUUCUUUCGGAAGAAAAUCUAAGAGGCGUUCGCUUCAAUAUCUACGAUGUCACAUUGCACGCUGACGCUAUUCACAGAGGUGGUGGACAAAUUAUUCCCACGACGAGACGGUGUCUCUAUGCUUGCCUUCUGACUGCUGCUCCUAGGAUCAUGGAGCCUGUUUAUCUUUGUGAGAUCCAGUGUCCUGAAGUAGCAGUUGGUGGAAUUUAUGGAGUACUCAAUCGCAGACGUGGUCAUGUGUUCGAGGAACAGCAAGUCGCUGGCACUCCAAUGUUUGUGGUCAAAGCAUAUCUGCCCGUAAACGAAUCAUUCGGGUUUACCGCUGAUCUUCGUUCAAAUACCGGAGGGCAAGCCUUCCCACAGUGCGUGUUUGACCACUGGCAAAUCCUUCCUGGUGAUCCAUUGGAAUCCGGCACACGACCAUACCAAGUCGUACAGGACACGCGUAAGAGAAAAGGAUUGAAGGAGGGUCUCCCUGAUUUGAGUUAUUAUCUCGACAAAUUGUAACUAUUCUGGAUUCGCGCAGUACGUUUAAACAUCUAUUUAAAUGUUAUACUUCAAUGAAUAUCGCUGAAGCCGUAUAAACUUACCAUCUGUCGUUCAAUGAUUUUGUUUUGCGCAAAGUCCCGUGGGAAAUAAAACUCUAAAUAUAAAAAUGAAAUUAACGAAUUGUAAUUACGUUGGCGGAAAGUCGUGCUAGUACGAAGGGGGAAGGGGGGGACGUUUUAUACAUUUAUUUAUAAUUAAGCAUACCACCGUGGACCACGGUGGAUCUUAUUUUAUCACAUUGAGAAAUAAUUAUUGCGUUGCAUGGAAGACUUAGGUAUUGUAUGAUGUAAUUACUUCAGUUAAAUAUCUUUGAUAUAAUUGCUGCGGAUUGUGAUGUCCGUGUUACUUUGUGGGAGCAAAUGGCUUCUACGAUUUUUUACAAUAUUUUGUUAUUACGAUCCAGAUUCCUUCCAUUCUUACUUUCCGUUUACUUCUCUAAAGAUAUUGGUAAUUUACACAAUUGCCUCAAGAAUCAUGUACUCAUUACCGCAAUACCGUAAAAUUAAA